AUGGAUUUGUCCAGAGAAGAACCCAUCGAAAUCACCACAAUGAAUGGAUCUAUUUGGAUUUUUUACCACGAGCCCAUUUAUUUCCCAAAAGAUCCUCCAUUGGAUAAGGCGCUAUGGAUUAUGAAUGGCAUCUUUUUCAUCAUAUGCCUUUUGGGUUUAGUGGGGAAUGGAAUGGUCAUUUGGCUUCUUGGCUUCCGAAUUAAGAGAAAUCCUUUCACCACCUAUAUCCUCAACCUGGCCAUAGCUGACUUUGGUGUCCUCCUCUUUGUAGGUAGUUUUGCAGUUUGGUAUGCGGUAGAUCUUAGUAGAAGAUUUUGGGGCGGGUAUGUGUUAUUAACAGAAGUAUUUUUUUUCCUGCAUUGUAGUAGUGCAUUUCUACUGGUAGCCAUCAGCAUUGACAGGUGUAUGGCUGUCCUCUUCCCACUGUGGUAUCGAUGCCACAAGCCACCACGCUUAUCCGCCUUUGUGUGUGCCCUAAUAUGGAUUCUGUCCUUCCUGAUCUUUGUUUUACGCUUAAUUGUUUUAAUGGCUGUGAAUGAUGGAAUGUUUUCAUUGAAGAUCCUGGGUACUGUGGCUGCUUUCCUUUGCACUCCACUAAUGGUCAUCUCCACACUGACCCUGUUCAUCAAAGUCUGCUGUAAACCACAGCAGCACCGGCGGGGAAAGCUGGUCACUGUCAUCUUGUUUACACUUCUCUUCUUCCUCAUCUUUGCUUUCCCAGUGAAUGCCAUUUAUAUCAUAACUUUUUUUAAUUAUGGUAAUUUCCUCCUAACGGCAUUGGGUUUCAUAUGUGCCCUUCUAAACAGUAGCAUCAACCCACUGAUUUAUUUCCUUGUUGGGAGGCGACAGAAGCAAGGCCGCCCUAGGGUGUCCAUGGAAUUUGCACUCCAGAGAGUGUUCAAGGAUGAAGAAGGUUGUGUGGAAGAGCAGAAUGCCACAGCUGAAGCCCAGUUAGGAGCCCCCUGA